UCGACGUCAUUUCCCGCAAAAUUUAAUAUUACACAGUUUCUGAAUUUAGCGAAGAAAUGGACGAUGGCAGUGCCUCAAAAUCCCAAGCAUCCAGUGGCAGAUUUACCAACAAGAGGGAAGGCUACCUUGAGUGGCCUGAUUACUUCAUGGCCAUCGCAUUCCUGUCUGCCCAGCGUAGCAAAGAUCCAAGGACACAGGUCGGGGCCUGUAUAGUAAAUGAGGAGAAGAAGAUCGUUGGUAUAGGAUACAAUGGGAUGCCAAAUGGGUGUUCUGAUGACCUCAUGCCCUGGGCCAGGGAGGCUGACUCAAUACUGGACACAAAACAGCUCUAUGUGUGUCAUGCUGAGCUGAAUGCAGUUCUGAACAAGAACUCCGCUGAUGUAAAGAACUGCACAAUCUAUGUUGCACUGUUUCCGUGUAACGAGUGUGCAAAGGUUGUCAUCCAGUCCAGCAUUAAGGAGGUGGUCUACUACUCUGACAAGUACAAGGACCGACCGGCAUUCAUGGCUGCUAAACGCAUGUUCGAUCAAGCUGGGGUCACUUACAGGCAGUAUCAGCCGUCCAAGAAGAAGAUUGUUAUAGACUUCUCUUUGAUCGAGGCGAUGUCAGAUUGUGUUAUAGCCGACAUGGACAGUCUUAAGAUUAAUGCUCCCACAGUGGACAGUCAGCCAGACUCCACUAGUUAGUGUGGCAAGUGUUGUAGGAAAUCAGUGCUAAAUGAUGGAAUAGGCUUAUUAAAGCCCUUAGCUAAUUUUAAUCCUGAUCAGUGAAUUGAAAGUCAUAAUUAAUCGUGAAAUCAGGAUUGAGAGCUUUUGACUUCAGACUAUUGAACAGUUAUGAUUGUGAAGAUUGUUUUCUCAUGGGAAAUUUGCAUAAAACAGUUUAAAGUGCCUUGAAAUAAAUAUAAAUAACUGGAAAGAAUAUUAAAAGAGGUAAAAGCCCCGUAACCCUGUUGUGGGCAUGAACCCUUCAUACUUAAACCAACCUCUGGCUGUAUUUCAGGAUUGACAAUGGUCAGCAGUUAGAACCCCUCCUUGAUUCUUUAUUUUAUUAUGACAAGAAAAGGAUUUAUUGUUUUGUUAGAAUAUUUGAACAAUCUCAUCAUAUGUGUACAUGUCACAUUUACAUGUAUGAAAUAUUUGUCCUUUGGUACCUGUUUACAAAUAUAUUGAAUGUAACCUUCAACACAAAAAGCUGCAGUUAUUUCUGCUGGCUGUCUCCAUACUAUAGGUGCUAAAUGAUGCUUUGUUUUGCAGAAAAUGAUUUGUCAUUGCAUGACUUGUCAUAUUUUCUGAAAUGUUAAAUUUUAUUGUAUUUUUAACUAAACUAUUUGAAGAAUAAGGAAGGCUAUACUACUCGCCCCUGCGCCUGCGUCAGUGUGGCGUUGUUCACUUAAAGUUUUGGGGCCAGAUUUAGGGCAUUUUCACUGAUAAACUUUUGUACCAUUGCAAGUUUUUCUUCUGGCUGUGUCCAUACUUCGAUUGAGUGUUAAAACAUGCUUUGUUUUAGGACAAGAUGGCAUUUUCACUGAUGAAUUCCAAUACCGUUCAUUCAGUAGACUUCAUACUUCACACAGUAGUUCAAGGUUAUCUCACAUUUUUCAAUAUUAUCCUAUUAAAAUACAAAUAUUUUCCUAUUGAAAUACAAAUUAUGGCCCUUACUGGACAUAAAACUAUUGGUUAAAGUUUUAGGGCAAGUUUGGAUUUUCACUUAUAACUCUGAUACCCUUCAUUCAACUCACUUCUUACUUCAAACAAUUGUUGACAGUCAUCAUACAAUUAGGUUACAUAACUCCAUAUUACCUGAAUUUUUUACAAAUUAUGGCCCUUGAUCAACCUAAAAAUUUUGGUAAAAGGUUUAGGGCAACUUGGCAUUUUCACUUAUAACUCCAAUACCUCUAUUUGAAUGGAUUUCAUACUUCACACAGUUGUUCAAGGCUAUCAAACAAUUAGGUUACAUUACUUCAUUUUAUCCUAUAUACAAAUAAUGGCCCUUGAUCGACUUUUAAUAGAAAGUUUGCUUAAAGUUUUAGGGCAACUUGAGGGUUUAACUCGGAUAAUAACAAUAAUGUUCAUUCAAUGCACUUCAUACUUGUUACAGUCAUUGUUGUUCAGGCCAUCACACAUUUAGGUUACAUAACACCAUAUUAACCUUUAUACAAAUUAUGGCUCUUGAUUGACUUCUUUUUUCUUGCUUGUUUUUGACAUGCACACAAAAUAUCAUUAAUGCAUUCAUUUCUAAGACAAAGUGGCAUGUAGAAGAGCAUACUGUCCUAUGACAGCUCUUUUUUGUUCAAGCCAUAUAUGACUAUAUGAUUUUUACUUAACAUAUAUGUUUUUGUGAUACAUAAAUAUUAUUUCAUAUGACCUGAAGAAAAUAUAAUGUAUACAACUGAGCUAAUAAAUUGUCUAAC